UGGAGCGGCGUGUUGGGCCGCAGUCUCUCCAGGACACCUGACCGUCUCCACGGGACCGAGCUACCGAGUCCGAACCGGGCUAAACACGCUGGAUAUUUAAACCCUAUAUAUAUAUAUAUAUAAUUUUAUUUUUUAAUUUUUUUUGUAUCCGCCCGGACUCGUCCUAUGUGACACAUUGACGUCCCAGCGGCGAAACGAGCGAAACAUGACGGAGCUGAGGAAGCGAGGCGGCGGCGGCGACGGAGGAGGAGGCGGAGGAGGAGAACCGGACAGCACCGACAACAUCAGCGACAAGGAGGCCGACGGCGACGACAGGCUCGGCCUGUCGGGCGACGCGGAAGGGGAAUGCGACGUCGAUUCCAAAGCAGACACUCCAGAUGUUCCCCUCUCCACCGCCGACACGGACAACACUCCACAAUGCCUGAACAAAGCUCUGGAGGGCCUGCCGCCCAGAUGGAAGAACUACUGGAUACGAGGGGUUCUGUCCUUAGCCAUGAUCUCAGGCUUCUUCCUCAUCAUCUUCAUGGGACCCGUCACUCUGAUAUUCGUGGUCAUGGGUGUCCAAAUCAAGUGUUUCCAGGAAAUCAUCACCAUUGGCUACAGAGUGUACCAUUCCUACGAGCUGCCCUGGUUCAGGACUCUGAGCUGGUACUUCCUGAUCUGCGUCAACUACUUCUUCUACGGUGAAACGGUGGCGGACUACUUCGGGGCCCUGGUGCAGCGGGAGGAACCUCUGCAGUUCUUGGCUCGCUACCACCGCUUCAUCUCCUUUGCUCUGUACCUCGCAGGUUUCUGCAUGUUUGUGCUGAGUUUAGUGAAGAAACAUUACCGCCUGCAGUUUUAUAUGUUUGCUUGGACCCAUGUGACCCUGUUGAUUGUGGUAACUCAGUCCCACCUUGUCAUUCAGAACCUGUUUGAAGGAAUGAUCUGGUUCAUCGUCCCGAUCUCCAUUGUGAUCUGCAACGACAUCAUGGCCUACCUGUUUGGAUUCUUCUUCGGGAGGACUCCACUGAUUAAGCUUUCACCAAAGAAGACGUGGGAGGGCUUCAUCGGCGGGUUCUUCUCCACGGUGGUGUUCGGCUUCAUCCUGGCCUACCUGCUGUCUCAGUUCCAGUACUUUGUGUGUCCCGUGGGCUUCAACAGCGACACCAACGGCUUCACGGUGGAAUGUGAGCCGUCCGAAAUCUUCGUGAUGCACGAGUACACGCUGCCCGCCGUGAUACAGAACACGCUGAGAUGGAAAACGGUGACGCUGUAUCCGUUCCAGAUCCACAGCAUCUUCCUCUCGUCCUUCGGGUCUCUCAUCGGGCCGUUCGGAGGCUUCUUUGCCAGCGGCUUCAAGCGAGCCUUCAAAAUUAAAGACUUUGCCAGCACCAUCCCGGGCCACGGCGGCAUCAUGGACCGGUUCGACUGCCAGUACCUGAUGGCCACCUUCACGCACGUCUACAUCGCCAGCUUCAUCAGGGGUCCGAACCCCAGCAAGGUGCUGCAGCAGUUGCUGAUGCUUCAGCCCGAACAGCAGCUCGGCAUCUUCCACACGCUGCACUCCCACCUGAGGGAGAGGGGCAUGCUGCCCCCGGCCGAGUGAAGGAAGGAAGGAAGGAAGGAAGGACCGCCGGCUCCACAGGGUGAUGACGAGGGAAGUGUGUGGUUGUGACAGUCUGGGAAGUUAAGCACGCGCAGACACACACGCACACACACUCAAGUAUGCCUGUAUGGUGUGUGUGUGUGUGUGUGUGUGUAAUCCCAGGCGUCUCUCAUCCGUCGUCAUCCUGCCGCCUCUUCAUUCAACGUCGCACCGGCUCCAAACUCACGACUGUGCAGCUCAUGUGGAAUAACCUCAUAGUUUAAAAACAAGAGAAGUGGCUUUGUUGCUUUCCCACUUGCACAUCAUCCUACAGACUGAAGAUAAAAUGACUUAUCGAGAAACAAACACUGACUUUUUAAAAAAAGCACACUGGAUGGUUGGAUGUGCGUGGUUUGUUUUUUCCUCUUCCCACCUGCGGACGACAAAUGUUGCACUGACUUUAUCUGGAUUUAAGAAGCUUUUACCAGCGUUGGACCUGAGCUGCAGCGAACAGACUGUGGAGACUCGUCACGACGCAGCAGAAGUUUAUUUAAUGAUCUUAACUUCACGGCGAAACGAAACACGUAGCAUGUUCGCUAAAAGUCCCGUCUCGGGCCCUUCUGCUCAACUCAAGCCAUUGUUCCUUCUUUUUUCUUCAACAGCUUCUUCUUUUUUCUGUCUUAAAUCCAAAUAACUCGCACAAUCUCAAGUCGACAACGAUGAUUUGACUGUAGGCAUGUUGUUAACGCAGAGACUUAGAGCUUCAGCGGCACACGCAGCACUCGUGUAUUUGUACAUAGAUAUAUAUAUAUAAAUAAAUAUAUAUAUAUAUAUAGAAAAUAUUUAGCUAAACAAAUACCUAAUAUAUAACUUACUUCAUGUGAACUAAGAGAAAUAAAUAGCAUGAACAAAUUUAGAUUUUUAACAGGUAGGGAUGUAGAGUUGAUCUGAGGCUGCUGUUGUUGGUGAACUUUAAAUAGAGAAUGUACAAAAAAGAAUUUAAAGGAAUAGUUUAGACAUUUUGGAGAACUUGCUUCGUUAAAAAAUGUCAACAAAAAAUUUCAAGAAUUAGGUGAGAUGAAAUGAAAAAAUUACGGCGCCGGGGGAGGGGGUUAAUAUGAGACAUUAAAGUCGCAAAUUUACGGGGAAAAAAGGAACUACGUCGCUCCAGCAUCAACACAGAAAGGUUGAACUGUGACAGAUCUACUUAUCGAACUCUCCGAAAGAAAUUAAAGACGCACGUUCCUCCCCUAAAAUGGUGAACUAUUCCUUUAAGAAAAGACUUGCGCUUCCUCCUUUAUUGAUUUAACCAAUGAGUUGCACUGUAGCAUUGGAGGUGGUGGGUGGGGGGGCACAAAGAAAGGCCCUUCAUCCUCAAUGUCUCCUUAUGCAUUAUUUAAUCCCUCUAAUAUGGACUAAGUUUUGAAUGUAGUUUCCGAUCUAAGAUGUGAUCAAUGACAGGCGUGUGUGUGCACAUAUACAGUAUAUGCUGUACUGUAUUCUACACAUAUCUUCAAGUCUAUAGAAAAAAACAAUGGAACUCUUGAGCGGUGUUUUUUAUUAGCAAUAUUUUCCAUCUUAUGCGAAGAUGAAGUUGUGAUUCCUGAGAAAAAAUCACUCACUCUGUGUUUUAUCAGCGUGUUGACGAGGCUGCGUUCGUUUGCGAUGAGAUUCAUCCAGAGAGAGAAAUGUUUACCGAUUAACACUGAUUUCCCUCUCGUCACUAAGAAGAAAAGAAAAAAAGCUCCAGGUUCGUGUUCCGACAUCUUCGGAGAGAGAGAGAGAGUCUGGAGCCGAGCUGCCGACUGGAGCCACUAACGUUUUUAACCCGUGCAAUGUGUUUCAUCUUUGUUCUGUUCAGCUCCUUCAGUCGUCGGAUGAAUUGGAGGAUUUUUAUAAUUUAUUUGUUGUUGUUGUUUUUCUUCUUCUUCCUCAUCAGAGGUGAACAUGGGGCUGCUGUGGGUGGAUUUUUUUGGGACCAGCUGUGUCGUACUGUACAAAGCUAUAACGAAACCUUCUCCCCCGGUAAAACACACACACACACUUACCGUUUUACAGGUUUUUUGUGUUUCUGUAUUUAUCCAACUUGCACACUGAACAAGAUGAAGCAAAGCAUGUAGUCGACGUGUGUCGUGUGUGUUCACACUAAAGCAGUCUGACCAAAAAAAUAAAUGAAUAAAAAUCGUCACCAACAGAAGAUGGUGAAAUUAUUUAGACUUUUUGACACUGUUGUAUGGAGUCUGGAGUGUGUCACCGCAAUAAUGGUGAGUUAAUCAGUCAAUCAAAGCAUUCAAAGAAUUUAUGAAGUACUGUAAAAGAUGCUACUUUAAACUUCUGUGAGAAGUUACCUCCUGUACCACUUAAUGGUCCAGUUUCUGUUUUUGAUCUAGCUAAAUGAUGAAUUCAUUUUAAAAUGUAUUUUGACCUUCUUUCUCUUUAAAAAAAAAUGUUUUUGUUUAUUUUGUUUCCCGUUAAUUUUCACUGAAAUUUAAAUGUUUGAUUCGUUGUUGCUUUGUCUGUAAAAUACUUGUUUUUUUUAAAUGGACAAAUUAUUCCCAAAGAUAUUUAACUUACAAAUUUGAUAAAUAAUACAAUUAGCAGAUUCUUGAAAUAGUUGAGGGUGGAUUCAAUCCAUCAGCUAAUCAAUUUAGAGACUUUAAUAAAGUUGAGAGGUUUAUGAAUUUAAUUACUUUAUAUACUUUCACUUAAAAAGCAUAAAUUAAUCAAUAACGGUUUAUUUCCAUUGGCACACUCGAGACUCCACCGUUUGACAGAUGUAAUUGUGGACUAAUUUAUAUUUUUUAUUUAAGGUAUAAAACAUUAAAGUUAGGAAAGAAAGAAGUAGGUUCAGAACCUAGACGUCAGGUAACGAUGAUGCACUGCUGAUGUUUGGUCGCUCGUCUGUUUAAAUUGAUCAACUUUUGUUGAAUAUUUUGUUUGAUUUUUUGCUUUUGAGGAGAAAUGUUUUCUAAUGGAAAAAAAAUCUAUAGCUUUUUUUGGAGUGGAUAAUAUUUGAGAAAUAAUACAGAGGAAGUAUGCUGUUAAUAUAGGGGGGGAAAUAUGAAGUUGUGUAUAAACCACAUAUUGAUAUCUUGUUAGGGAUAUUGAAGUUGUUUACUCUAUGGAGGUGAAUAAAGUGGGUUUCUUUUUUUCUUUAAAACA